AAGGGAACACGCGCGAGAGCAAAGGAAAGCAGCUAGCGCGCACGGCGCGUUUCAUCUCAUCCUGGUGCAGUGUGCUCUGCGCGCAGCCACCAGCUUCGCUCAAACCGGGACACGAGAGCGCCGCGUGCGGUUUGCACAUGCAUUUGGCUGCUCCAGUUCUUCUCCUUCGCCGUCCUCCUCCUGCCGUUGUGCUUGGUUAGUUGCUUGCCGGGUCUUGCGAUCGGCCAGUCGGCGGACAUGGGCGACAAGGAGGGGCCGGCGGCGGAAACGGCGGGGCAGGCGGCGCCGUGGCGGCUCAACGUCAGCGACUUCCAGAUGCCCGAGCGGCCCAAGGAGCCUCCCUUCGUCACCAGAGUCUUCCUCCGUGGCCACGGGAAGCAAAGGAAAGUCGCAAAGUACUACAAGAAACAAGAAAAUCUACUGAAGGAUUUCAGCGAGAUGGAGACCAUGAAUGAACUUGGUUGCUUAGAUCAGAGUGCUCCUUCCGAGGAAGAGCUAAGGCAAUUAGCAAAGAGCGAAAGAGUGGCUAUCCAUGUGUCGAACAUAAUUAAUCUGAUCCUUUUCAUUACAAAAGUUGUUGCUUGCUUUAAAAGUCUAUCGAUGGCGGUAAUAGCAUCCACGCUGGACUCUCUACUGGAUCUUCUGUCGGGAUUCAUACUCUGGUUUACGGCACAUGCUAUGAAAAAACCUAACAAGUACAGCUAUCCAAUUGGAAAGAAGCGCAUGCAGCCAGUGGGCAUAAUAGUUUUUGCGUCGGUAAUGGGUACAUUAGGCUUCCAAGUGCUGAUUGAAUCAGGACGCCAGCUUAUUACGCAGAAGCAUGAGAAUUUCAAUCACACGCAAGAGCUUUGGAUGGUAGGCAGCAUGUCCUCGGUUGCAGUCGUGAAGUUCUUCCUCAUGCUGUACUGCCGGACGUUCAAGAACGAGAUCGUCAGGGCGUACGCACAGGACCAUUUCUUCGACGUGAUCACAAACUCGGUCGGCCUGGUCUCCGCGUUGCUCGCGGUCCGCUACAAAUGGUGGAUGGAUCCAGUUGGGGCCAUACUGAUCGCGCUGUACACGAUCACGACGUGGGCUCGGACGGUGCUGGAGAACGUGGGGACGCUGAUCGGCAAGUCGGCGCCGGCGGAAUACCUGACGAAGCUGACGUAUCUGAUCUGGAACCACCACGAGGAGAUCCGGCACAUCGACACGGUGCGGGCCUACACCUUCGGCACGCACUACUUCGUGGAGGUGGACAUCGUGCUGCCGGCGGACAUGCCCCUGAGCCAGGCCCACGACAUCGGCGAGUCGCUGCAGGAGAAGCUGGAGCAGCUGCCCGAGGUCGAGCGCGCGUUUGUUCAUGUCGACUUCGAGUUCACGCACCGGCCCGAGCACAAGGCAGAGGUGUGACUGUGAAUGGUUGCCACAGACCACUAGUCCUGCUAGAGAUUUGAUGCCACAUAUGUACUUGCAAGACGAACGCAACAUCACCUCCAGAGCUCGAACUCUUGAAGGGCAUCUAGAUUUUUUGCCUUGUGAAAUUGAAAUAUGGGUUAACAAUAAGACGCCCUUUCUCGAGAA